UCAGAAUUAUCCUACUCUCGCUGCACUCACCCAUCCCAUCCCAACCAGGCUCCACUUCUUCUCGCAAUAAGUUUGUUGCAAAUAUUUAACUACGAAUUGGUGGUCACUCCAUGUGACUGACUAUUAACUACAAUAGUUAAAAUUUAAUUAACACCAGCAACAACUCAAGUUCACGUACGCAUCUCCGGCAGUUCUCCGCACUCUCUUCUAGUCAGCCAGCAACUCAUCAUCGUCCUCUUCUCUUCUUCUCCAGUCUUCUUCUCCAGGCAACUAUUUCAAAAUGUUGGCGAGCAUUGUGCGUAACAGCAAUUUGAAGGCGUUGGCGACCGCGGUUCGGGCCCUGUCGACCACCAGCCCGGCGUCGGGGGCUCAUCAAAUCCCAGACAGGUUAAAGACCGUUCCUGACGCGGAGGACCCCCUCUUCUUCGAAAUGGUGGAGUACUUUUACCACAGGGCUUGUCAGAUGUCGGAAGAUAACUUGGUCGAGGGGUUGAACAUGGGCCCACUGGCGACCAUUGAACAGAAGCGGGAGAAGGCCAAGGGUAUCAUGCGCAUGUUGGAACCUUGCCAUCACGUUCUCGAAGUCUCCUUCCCCCUCAAAAGGGACAAUGGCAAGUACGAGAUGAUCACGGGGUACAGGGCGCAGCACUCCAACCACAGGACGCCCACGAAGGGAGGAAUCCGCUACUCCUUGGACGUUACUUUGGACGAGGUGAAAGCUCUGUCGGCCUUGAUGACCUUCAAGUGCGCCUGUGUCGACGUUCCCUUUGGUGGAGCUAAAGCCGGGAUUAUCAUCAAUCCGAGAGAGUACACGGUCAACGAGUUAGAAAAGAUUACACGUCGCUUCACCCUCGAGCUGGCCAAGAAGGGAUUCAUCGGACCCGGCAUUGACGUUCCUGCUCCAGACAUGGGGACCGGAGAGCGAGAAAUGUCCUGGAUUGCGGACACCUACUCCAAAACUAUUGGACAUCUCGAUAUCAACGGUCAUGCCUGCGUCACUGGAAAGCCCAUUAAUCAGGGUGGAAUUCACGGGAGAACUUCUGCCACUGGACGUGGCGUGUUUCACGGACUGGAUAACUUCAUCAACGAAGCCAGCUACAUGGGAAUGAUUGGAACAACGCCGGGUUGGGCGGAUAAGACGUUCAUUGUUCAGGGAUUUGGUAACGUUGGUCUGCACACUUGCCGUUACCUCGUGCGAGCGGGUGCUGUCUGCGUGGGAGUCAUGGAGUACAACGGAUCCAUUUACAACAAGAACGGAAUUGACCCCAAGGCUUUGGAAGACUUUAAAAUCCACAAUAAAGGAUCCAUCGUCGGCUUCCCUGGAGCGGAAGAGUACAAGGGCGAGAGUCUCCUCUUUGAAGAAUGUGACAUCCUCGUUCCUGCUGCCACAGAGAAAGCGAUCCACAAGGGAAAUGCCCACAAGAUCAAGGCCAAGAUCAUCGCUGAAGCCGCUAACGGUCCCACAACUCCCGCCGCAGACAAAGUGCUCAUCGACAAGAACGUCCUCAUCAUCCCAGAUCUCUACAUCAACGCUGGAGGUGUGACUGUUUCCUACUUUGAGUGGCUCAAGAACUUGAAUCACGUUUCGUACGGGCGUCUCACCUUCAAGUAUGACAGAGAAUCCAACUACCACCUUCUCGAAUCAGUUCAAGAGAGUUUGGAAAGGAGAUUUGGUCGUGUUGGGGGACGAAUCCCAGUUACACCUUCAGAAGCUUUUGCUAAAAGGAUGGGUGGUGCUAGUGAGAAGGAUAUUGUCCACUCUGGUCUGGACUACACGAUGGAGCGAAGUGCAAGGAAUAUUAUGAAGGUCGCUAUGCAGUACAACUUGGGUCUGGAUCUUCGAACUGCCGCAUACGUUCACUCGAUUGAAAAGAUCUUUAAAACUUAUGCCGAUCAAGGGUUGGCGUUUUAAAUUAGCCGACUAAAAAAUGUUAUCUGUGCAUGUGUAGAAGAAGAGCCGUUUCCUCCUCAUCAACAUUUUAUUCUCACUGUUAAUCUUGCACCCCUCGCCCUAUAAUUCUUAACUAUUUGUCUCAUUCUCGUCAGCAACAACUUUUCCUAUAAAUUAGUAAAACAUGAAACAUCGUGAAAGCAAAAAUUAUUGUGCGUCAAGAAAAAGUAAUUUUUAGGUAAAAAUCAAUCAUGAUAAUGAAAAAUGAGAGAGUCAAUUUUGCAAUAAAUAAAUGCAUGUCGAUGUCGUGAUGAUGAGUAGAAGAAAAUACAGCUUUUUCUACGAAAGGUCUAAUUGUCAACUGUCACUGGUGUGCCAUCCAAUAUUUUCUUAUUAUUAAAAUGUGUGAUUGCGUUGUAUGCACUUUAUAAAAAAUACUAAACCUGUUGUGAAUAGAAGAGGUAUAAUCUUACUAAAUAUUUAGUGUGCUAAAUAUAAUAAUGGUGUUUCACUGUAAUACUUAUGAUAUCGACACGAGCUAAAGAAAGAGGAGUGCUAAUAUUGAGCUAAUCUA